GUUGCGAUGGGUUGCGCAUGCGCUCCGGAGCUUCAGCGGCCGGCGCCUGCGUAGUGAGGUGCCGUGUUGGUGGUGGAAGUGUCCGUGUUGUGCAUCGAUCUGACAAAUUUCGCAUAGAAACCCAUAAUGACGGAUAAUAAACGCCUCGCCUAUUCCAUCACUCAGUUUUUACGUGAUCAGCUUCAGUCUGGGGAUCUGACUUCAGAUGCUCAGGAAAGCUUAGAGGUUGCAGUUCAGUGUUUGGAGACGGCAUUUGGCAUCUCGGUGGUUAAUGAAGACCUUGCUGUGUCUCGGACACUCCCAGAGAUUUUUACAGCUGCUGUUGGUGAGGAGAUACCUGAUGUGGUCGUGGACUCUGCAUUAGAGUCUCCAACUGUUGAAGAUCUCUCAAAAGCUGAACUAUUGAAAACUGAAGGAAAUGAACAGAUGAAAGUAGAAAAUUAUCAGAGUGCAGUGGAGUACUACACGCAAGCUAUUGAUUUGAAUCCUAACAAUGCAGUUUAUUUUUGCAACAGGGCAGCAGCAUACAGUAAACUAGGAAACUACACUGGAGCAGUAGAAGACUGUGAAAAGGCAAUAACAUUUGACCCAUGCUACAGCAAAGCCUAUGGCAGAAUGGGGUUGGCCCUGGCUAGUCUAAAUAAAUACAAUGAAGCAGUUAAUUUCUAUAAAAAGGCUCUGGAGCUGGAUCCUGACAAUGAAUCAUACAAAGCAAACCUCAUUGUAGCAGAACAGAAGAUUCAGGAUGCGCCAAGUCCAACAGGAGGCACUGGUGGGUUUGAUCUGGCAGGUUUACUGAAUAAUCCGGGCUUCAUGAAUAUGGCAUCUAAUCUAAUGCAGAAUUCACAAGUACAGCAGUUAGUGUCUGGAAUGAUGUCGGGAUCCUAUGGGCCUGUAGGGUCUGCAAGUGCAGCAGGACCUGGGACAGGAGCUAAUGACAUUGCAGGCCUCAUCCAAGCAGGACAGCAGUUUGCACAACAGAUGCAGCAGCAAAACCCAGAGCUAAUUGAACAGUUACGGAGCCAAAUCAGGAGCCGAACCCCCAGUGCCAGCAAUGAAGAACAGUCCUAACAGAAGACUAGGAGCUAUGGUCCAGUCCAUCCCUUACCACCACUACCACUAGUUCUUCUGCAAGUUGAGGUUGUCUUUGCCAUCAGGAACUCAAAGUAAUGAUUUCUACUGUCACUUGCAUGUUCAGGUGGAUACUCAGGGCGAAGAGCCAACAACUUGUAAAUGAGAAAUUAAAACAAAACUGGGCUUUCGGGCUUGCAAAAACAUCUCAUCAACUUUUUGUGGAAUUCAUGUAUUGAGCUUUCUGUGAUUCUCAAGUUUUUUUAAUCAGAAUUGUCACAGAGGAAUGUCACAGCUGCACUAUCACUUCAGGUCAUCUGCCAUCCUGCAAGAUUCCUUUGGCUCUUUGGAAAAAAAAUAUCUACACAACGAAGAGCAGUGAUUUUUAUACCUCACCUUCUCUCAAUAGUGGCAUUUUUGUUGAUAAUUUGGUACUGUUUAACUUGCAAAGCUUAUUUUUUUUUUUGUUGCCUGAAAUAUUUAUCAGCAUUUCAGAAGAAUAGACCAGCAGAAGUGGUGUUUAACUAAUACAGUAUCUGGAAUGAUUAACAUCAUGCUUUUCAUUCAUGUAGUUUUUCGUUUAUGGUGCAUAGGAUUGUCUGAAACUGUCACAUGGAUUUGUGAUUAGCUUUUUAAACCAAGAAAUGGACAUGAACCGUAAGUUGGUCCUGUGACAAUUGUUUGCAAAAUCACUAACAUCACCAGCUUGACAGAACUGAGAUUAACUUCCUUUCUGUAGUUGAUAAAUUUAGAAAAUAAUUUUACAGUCUGGCCCUGAGUACAUGCAACAAAAAGGUAACAAGUUAUUAAUUUUGUUAUAAUUCAAAUGGCGUGGGGAUUGUGGAGGAGAAAUGGGGAUGGGCAGUGGCCGGAGGCCCCAGUUCUGUAAUCUCAACCACUUUCGACUACAACUGUUGUUCCCAGGGCUAAACAAACCUCAUAUUGUGAACAAUGUCAUGUGCACUGUUUCUUGGAUAGCCAUUGUUCAUAACCUGUUUGUAAAAAGGAUAAAACAAAUGAAGGUCCUCUUCUAUUAUUUGAACAUUUCCCUUAAUUCCUUUACAAUACCUUUAUGGAAUCAUUUAUUUUUAAAGCUACAAUCACUAUUAAUGUACGUGUUUUGAUGUCCUGUUUGUGCUCAUAAAUUAAGCCUUUGUAAUGUGGAUAAGGCGACACAAAAUUCAGCCUUUGUAGUGUGAAUAAGACGACAAUUUUGCCAUUUUGUGGACUGAAUCCAACCGAACUAGCCGAUAAAUUCCUGUAUGAAUUGAAUGCUUUCAGACACCAAUUUGUGCAUUGCAGAAUGUAAUUCACAAAAUUCAGAUUUAACAAAAAAUCCUGGAAUUGCAUGCCAU